CACGCCUCUCAGACGCACACAGCAGCGCACAAGCCAGUGAGCAGGACGGCGCUGGACGUAUCAUUCAUAUAGGGAAUAGAUCCGAAGAAAAGGAUUAACUAUCUCCAUCCCUCUCCCUCUAAGGACCUUAUCGUCUCUUCCCUCCUCUUGUGUCUCUAAGCCUCUCUUCACCUCGUUUUUUUUUUCUACAAUCCCUCAUUUUUUUCUCCACAAUCCCUCUUUUUACAAUUCAUUGGUGGGUUGAAGGGAAGCCAGGGGGAUUGUCUCUAUACAGAAAGCGGGAUUAUUCUUACAUUAUUCAUUUCACCAGGAUCUUGAAUGUAUGGAUUUCUUUACCUGAAGUGGGGACAGUUUUACUUCUAUGUUUUGAAUCUUUUUUAAUUUUUUGGAUAUUUUUGGGGGGGAUGGCUGAAGGCAGAAAUCUAUAAGGCUGGUGCUGUCUGAGAUAUUUGGUCAAAAGGUGUUUUGGUGUAGCUUUUCGCAGUCACCGCCCUAGUGGAGGCUGCAGGCAUGGCGGCUUGACACCCGCAUAGCCCCGCCCCUCCGACAGAGGAAGGCUGCAGAGCUCUGUGUCAUGCCCCCCCACACCCACCUCCCUGGGGGCAUAGGCCUCCCCCCUCCCAGUGCUACCACCCACUUGGCCAGACCUGUCUUCCUCUGUGUCCUCUGCCUCCUGGCGGCGCUGCUGCCGCCAGCCUCCUCCUGCCCUCCUCCCUGUCUCUGCUCCUCAGAUGGCCUGGUGGUGGACUGCGGGGGCCGGGGUCUCUCUUCCCUGCCUCCCCUGCACCUCAUGCCUCCGGGGAGCCGCUCCUUCCUGCUAGCCAACAACAAGCUUGCCUCGCUGGGAGCCUCUGCCUUCGCUAACCUCUCCUCUCUGGAGGAGCUGGACCUCUCUAAUAACUACCUAGAUAAUUUACCAGCUGGAUUAUUCAGAGACAUGACCAACCUGACGAGGCUGACUCUGCACAACAACUCACUAACAGUAAUGGACAGAGACCUCUUCCAGGGUUUGGGGGGUCUUCAGAGUCUGGAUCUGUCCCUGAACGGACUGUCCUCUGUUCCUCUGGGGCUACUGGACGAGCUGCAGAGCCUCAGGUGGCUGUCUCUAGCGGGUAACAGGCUCCAUGGUUUGGAGAGGGCAGCGUUUGAGCCCCUUGCCAACCUACAACACCUGGAAUUGGGACACAACCCCUGGGAAUGUGACUGCAACCUCCGCGAUUUUAAACACUGGAUGGAGUGGCUGCUGUACAGAGGGGGGAAAGUGGACGCAGUGGAGUGCACGCUACCGAAGGAUCUGCGUGGGCGAGACAUCCGUGGUGUUCCAGUGGAAAUGUUCAACUACUGCCUCCAACUUGAAGAUGAGAACGGAGGAGGUGAAGGUUCCCGUUCCGGACAAAAAGGUGUUCCUCCUUGCAGCAGGAACGCUCUUAACCCCAGUGGAGCAACACCAAUUUCUGACAACAGCGGCAACACUGGUGAUGACUCCUCUUCAAACACAGGAGGUGGGGAGGCCUCGUCGGAUUGUGUACGCGCCCGUUACCGACCUGUGAGUGUGCGCCGCGCCAUCGGCACGGUGGUGAUUGCCGGUGUGGUUUGCGGCAUCGUUUGCAUCAUGAUGGUUGCAGCCGCAGCGUAUGGCUGCAUCUAUGCCUCCCUGAUGGCCAAAUACCAGAGAGAGCUGAAGAAGAGGCAGCCACUGAUGGGAGACGGAGAGGCGGACGGGGAGGAUAGGGAGGAGAAACAGAUCUCCUCUGUAGCCUAGAGGAGUGAUGGGACGGGGGGAGGGUUGGCAUGUCAAAGGGUGAAGGUUGGAAGGGCAAAAAUUUUAAAGGGCUCAAAGAGGAGAGAGAUGGAAGAGUUUGUUUUAUGCACACAGACAGUUAUGGUAUCUCUCCCUCUGACUCUCAAACUGACACCUUUCUCUCACUUUCUGUCUUCCUUUCUUCGUCCUCUUUCUAUUUUCAACCUUCUCCCUCUCUGUCCCUCUUGAAAACACUCCCUCACACACAUACCUUAUCUGUUCCCUAAUUUUCUCUUCCAUUUGGAGCCAUUCUCACUGCAGUAUUUGUUACCAAUCAUCCUUCCAACUCGCCUACCAACCUCCUACUGCUGCUGUUGGCUGCUGCUGAAUUUAUUUCUAUUGGCCCAGAGAAAAAAUUAGUAUGACACAUAUCAUUUAAACUGUUACAAGACACUCAUGUUGUAUGCGCAGUUAGCAUUUGUAAAAACUGGAUUGAAUUUUCAGGGAUUUACAGUAUGUAUGGUGGCGAUUGGACCAGUAUUCACAAUAAUGACAGGAAUUUGUGGUAUUAGGCAGUGCCCGGCUAGUUUUGUUUGCAUCUUUCUCCUCCUAAACCUCUCCAAAGCCAGUAGUUCCUCCAAAAAGCCAGGACCCCAACCCAGGACCCUUCACCCUCGUCUGGCCUAAUGCUCCUCUGUUGCUCCCUCGGACCUCUACAUCCCAAAGAAAAAGCCAACAUUGGAAAGCUCAGAGGAAAAUAGGGAAACGUCGUGGAUAAACACAAAAAGAUGUCAUUUAUAUAGUUGAAACCUCUUGAGUGCUUUGUCACAUAGAAAACACUGGGGAUACACACAGAUUAUAUGUUGAUAGGAAAUCAAACAUUGAGUCUCCUAAGUCUCUUGAGACUUGUCAUGGAUGUUUAAUGUACAAGAGGAAACCAUCUGAAUUGACAAAAUGAUCAUUCGUGGAUGGCUAGAAAUAGAUUCUACCCUAUCUGGACCACAUAAUGGAUGUUAUCAAUCAGUUAAAUGGGGAGCAAACCAUUUAACUGGAAUUUAACUGGAAUUUCCCUGUAUUUGUCCCUUUUCCUCAGAAAAAGGCUCUUGCUUACUUGAUGCUUGUUAAAUGAUUAUAAUGAGUAUCUUAUGAAAAAAGGGGACGUUUUCUGGUGUUACUUGGACUAUGCUUCUGGACUGGUUCAGAGAUGUCCUACAAUGGUUUUAAUGAAGGACCACAGACUUUGCUUUAAAGUACAUCAUCUUUGUUCAGAGCUCAUUCUCAGACUGAUUUCGCCCUCAGCGGUGAAAGUUUGCUACUAUGGCAUGGAAAAACUAUCUCAGAGAACCCUGUCUCCUGGCAAGGACUACAAAAAUCCAUCUAAGGACUACAAACUUCAGACUCCUGCACUUUAUUUCCCCAAUCAGUUCCCCUCUGGCCUCCCUCUCCCCUUCCCUCUCUUUCUUUCUAACAAGGACGAUCUGCCCAGAGGGAUUAUGACGAACAAGGGAUUAAACAAAAAGACGCUGCUAUUUUACCCCCUCCUCCUUCUUGUCCCUUUAUCUCUCCAUCCAUCUUUCCAUCCAGUGCUAUUUAUGGAAAGUUUUGUCACACUUCCUUAAAGAUUUCCACCUCCUUUCUUUCCUUAAUCCAUGCCUUUUGCCAUGUUGUUGCCCCUUAUGUUUUCCCCAAAGGAUCUACAAUAUGCAAUGGAAGCUAUGUCACUCUCACUUGAAAAUGUAGUCACUGCCAAAGAGUCCUUCUGUUAUAAACUUAGCAAUCACCACUUAUUUGAGUCUGUUUGACUGACACACGUUCUCGAUGCAUUGACAACAAGUUAGUUUGUUUACUUUGCAUAGCGUUUUCUUGAAAAUCCUAAUUUAUGCCUUUGAAAUAUUCAUGUAAACUUUAACAUUUUAUCGUUAGCGGAGUAGGACGUUUGUGUCUUGAGUGAUAAACAAUCUCAUAAAGUUGGCUUUCAUUGCAUAUUGCUCCCCUACAGUAGAACUAUUGUACCCUCUCAAUUUUAAUUGGCUGGAAGUAAACUUAUAUUAAUAGUGUGUUAUCUUAUACCUGGGUAUGAUGCAGAUAAAUAUUAUUACUAUACUAGCCUCUACUAUGGUGUGUUGGCCCAGCAGUCCCCAAAAUGUUUUUGACGUAACUGUUUAUGGGUUUCUGUAUCAAUUCAUGAUGUAUGUCUUUUGUUGUGUUUAUAAUGUCUAUGUUUCGUUUUUGUUUUAGGUUUUAAAAUCUCUGUAAUGUUUGAUUAUUUGUCGUGUUUUAUUUUAUUUGUGAUCAAUAGUUGGUAAAGUUUCUGCAAGAAGCAUAGAAAGAGUUUGGCCAGAGUGUGAAAAGGCCCAAUGUUGCUGCCUCGUCUCUGAAAUUCAUCAUAUUGACUUAACUCAGCAUUGAAUAAUGUAGGCAACAAGUCACCUUUUUGUCUUAAAUUUUUGCAUGCACUUCAAUUUUUUGCUACAUUUAAACUCAUUACACUCCAAACAAUAAGAAAAAGCUAAGAAAAAGGUUGCUUAUAAAAAUUAUUUGUAGGAAACUGGGCUAGUGGGAUAUGUGAUAAGUCAAGAUGCACAAAAGCUAGAGUUUGGUUUAUGAUUAUUUGAUCCCUCAGUCCAAUAUUGAUCAAGUUUGCAUUGCAAAUGAAGUUUAGAUGCACUUCAGCAACAAUAGUCACCUCACUAAUGUAAGAGAUAGAAAAGAUGAGCUGGAAACUAUAAAUCAGGUAUAUUUUUACAUUAACAAUUGGCAUCUUCAGGAGAUGUGUGAAAACAUGGUAAAAGCAUUUUUUAAAGGGAUUUAAAUGACAAAUGUAAACAUGGCCGUCAACCUCACAGGGACUCAGGGGCAGUAACUGAAAGAAAGGCAACGUCUAAACUCUUUCUAUAAAUCCAGAAACAUCGUCCUCUCACCCCAUGGUCUGCAGGUCUUGUGUUGUUGGUAGCUAAGUAUCUUAGCUAGCUGAAUCCUGUUCCUAUAGCCUGUGUGUGUAAAGAAUAAUAAAUUAUAGUUUGCUACGCAAAAACUGCAGCAGCCAUGUUGACUGAGGGCCUCAAAGACUACAAUGCCCAGAGAUCUAUGGUGUGUUGUGUUAUUAUGAUGAUUGUGAUUAUGACGAUGAUAAUAUGAUGAUGAUGAUGAUGAUGAAGC